CUGGUCCAGACCAAAGGAGCACCAUCGAUUUUCAAAUCAAGCCUGAGCGCUUCGGGGAGGGGUGAACUUACCGGGACGGAUCAAGGGAUUAAACAAGUGUAAAAUGCUGACAGAGAAAAAGCGCCCCGCAGUGGGAUGAGGGCAGUUGUAAUGGGGAAGGUUUCUGUGGCAAACUUUUGUGAAAACGUGCAUAAAUGCACAUUAAUUGGUUGGUUUAUUUAUUUAUUGAUAGGUUGAAUAAUGUAAGUUUUAAACCUAAUUAUUGUUAUUUGGAACUCUGGAAGAUACUGACUGUAGUGUUCAGAAAAACAAUUAAGCACAUUCAUGCACACACACGGACACACAGAGAGACACAGAGGGGGACACACAACGACACACCCAGAGACACGCAAACGGGGCUCAGAGGCACCGCUGAGACCUGCCGGGUCGCACCGCAUGUGACUGCAUGCGUCAUAUCAGGAUCAGCACCUCGGACAGCAGGAUCCCCCGGCCGAGGAGGAAAGCGAGAAUAUCGAAGGAGGGGAAGCGGAGGGAGAGCGGCUUCAACGAGCAGCCCACCGCAAACGGGCGCACUGUCUAAGCUGCUGUCAUUACGCUUCCCGCCGCGGCUGCAUCCACACCUCGGGCUGCGAUCCCGACUGAUACAGCGAUCCGCGGCACGCCAGCUCCUCCCGAGGAGGAGAAGCGGAGGGAAAGCCAUGGAUGUGCAGUGUGGGGAUGUUUUCUGUUUUCGAAACGUUUAAAUGCGGACAGAAGUGGUGUGAAACCGAAUCGGUGCGGGACGGAUCCUGAAGGCAUCUCCCGAAGCAACACGGAAUUAAUGAUGAAAUGACAACCGGGCUACCGCCGACAUGCAGACAAAAGAAACCCGCCGCCGCUAACGCGUCCUGUCGGAUUAUGCUGUUGGAGAGAACUGCGCCCAGAUAUGACCGUGUGGAUGUACUGUUACCGCGCUGUUUCCCCUUUUUAAAAGUCCUCGCACGGCUCCUGCGCCCGGCUGCGCCCCGUUUCUCUCCUCCUCCGCCGCCUUGCGAAGCACCAGACGGACCUGCCGUGUCGAACCCGGGACAGUGUGUCCGCCGGGCGGCCGCCGGGGUCCGGGGCGCCGAUCCCUGAAGCUCAGCGAAAAUAGAAGAGACGAGCUGUCACUCUCCUUUUGCUUUUAAAAGCCGCUCCCUUUAUGUACUUUAUGUACUAACGCCAUCAGAGGGCAAAACCACUGCAAACAUGCUCACUUUCUGAAUCUCCUAUUACUUAGCCUAUACUUUUCACGCUUUUUUUGUAGCUGUUAUGCUUAUGUAUUAAUAUAAUAAAUCCAUAACAUCUACAGACGAAUAAUAAUAAUAAUAAUAAUACUGCUUGCAAAACUCAGGAGCAUCCGGAGUAUCGGACAGAAGUCGCAUCUUUUUAAAAUUGAUAUCAUUUCAUAGAUCGAAUAUCUAUAAAUAAUCAGUCAUGUUCAAGUACCGGAUCCGCAUGUUUUUCAACGAGCUGAAGGUGCUGGUCUUGAUGCGGUCCGACCGCCGGACCGACGCGGGCUCGCAGGCGCUGGGGAUGCGCGGCUGUGGCUGGCCGCCGUUCCCCGGCUGCUCCCCCCGGGAUGAUGAGGAGGAGUACUACGGGACGGAGCCGCGUCCGCGGAGCCUGACGUUUGAGGAAGGGGAGCCCCGGUUGCCGCCGGGCCUGGACGAUGUAUCGAUGAGCAGCGGCAUGGACGGCUUGCGGUGCCGGAUCUGCUUCCAAGGACCCGAGCAGGGGGAGCUCCUGAAUCCAUGCCGCUGUGACGGCUCGGUGCGCUGCACCCACCAGCCCUGCCUCAUCCGCUGGAUCAGCGAGCGCGGCUCCUGGAGCUGUGAGCUCUGCUACUUCAAGUACCAGGUGUUGGCCAUUAGCAUAAAGAACCCGCUGCAGUGGCAGGCCAUCUCCCUGACGGUGAUUGAGAAGGUGCAGAUUGCCGCCAUCAUGCUGGGCUCCCUGUUCCUCAUCGCCAGCAUCUCCUGGCUUGUCUGGUCGUCGCUCAGCCCGUCCGCCAAGUGGCAGCGGCAGGACCUGCUGUUCCAGAUCUGCUACGGCAUGUACGGCUUCAUGGACAUCGUGUGCAUUGGCCUCAUCAUCCACGAGGGAUCUUCUGUGUACCGAAUAUUCAACCGCUGGCAGGCUGUCAAUCAGCAGUGGAAAGUGCUGAACUAUGAAAAGUCUAAAGACCUGGGAGACCCCUCCAGUUCUGGGGGCAAGUUCGGGGGGAGGGGCUCUCACCGGAACCCCCAAGGUUCGGCCAAUGGGAGCUCGGAGAUGGGGCGGGGCCAGCGCGUCAGGACUAUUCUGCACGACCACUGCGGCUACACCAUAAUGCACAUCCUGAGCCAGCUGCGGCCCACAGACCCCCGCGUCAGUGCUGCUGCCAACCGGGAGGUGGUCAUGAGGGUCACCACCGUGUGAGGAGCGGGCACACGGCCAGGAUGGCGUGGGGGGGGGCUGGGACAGCGCUGCAGGCGCAAGAGCCUUCCCUGUUAACAGAUAAACAGGACAGAACCAUUUUUCUUCAGGAUAUUAAAACUUUUCCGAUCUUGACUCAGAAAAGCAAAGAUCAUGUGCAGAAACGUGUAUAAACUGUAUAUAUAUAUAAAAAAAAACGACAAAGGACCAGAAUACUAUUUAUCACUGGCGUUUUAAUCUUUGCUUUUCUUUUAUAUGACGUUAUUUGUACGGGUUUCGGUUUUAUAAUGUUUUCGGGAAAAUAACGGUCUCAUACACUCCAGGUGCACAGUGCCCGCGGCGCAUAGGUGCCGUGAGUCCGCUGGUCUCCAGCAGGGGGCGGACCUGCGACCCGCAGUGACCGCUGCAGUGUGGGGACAGCGCGCCUCUGUUCCGGUACAUCUCACGGGUUACGCUCUGGCUCUCACUGUGUCCCGCGUCGGAGGCAGAAUCCUGCCGCAUUCCUGUCUCACUGCAGAUACCGGCUGCUUGUCUGAAUAAACGGUAUGUUUUUGCCA